AUGGGAAAGAAUACGCGAAAGACGAAGGAAGAAUCGAAGAAGGCAACUGAGAUCGUGCAGCAGCUGUCUGCAGUGAGCAAGACAUCGAACAAGAGGAGAGCGAGGGCUGUGACGAACAAGAAGCACAAAGAUGCUAGAGAGGAGGAGAAGGAGGACAUGGAAGAGAAGCAGCAUCUGUCACUUGCCGUCAAUGAUGACACGACUGCGAUUUUGCCGACGUUGGUGGCCACAGAGCCGUCCCUCACGUCAUCCGGUCUCUUCCAGCCCUCUGAUGGAGCAGCAGACUCAUCCUUCUGCACAAAGGGGCAAGAGUGGACGCCGGAGGAGGAUGAGGAGGUGAUAGCGAAGUUGAGGAUCAUACGAUCGGGAGAGUUGUCCACAAAGAACAUGACGGUUCGACUGUCCUGUGUGUUUGCUCUUUGA